CCUGGCGCAAUUUCGUAUCAUGUGGAUAUUUACGGAAUCAACUUUAUUCGUUGCUUACUGGUGAAACCAUUAGCAAAGAUUAUUUAACAUAUCGAACGAGUUUGAUUCAGUCGCCGACGAAAUUGUACUUGUGCAAAUAUCUGUCAAAUUUCUAGCCUAAUAUUGUAUAUCUCAUUGCCUAGAAAGGAUCAAUUUUGACAAUAGCUGUUUUUCCUAUGAACAAGUUGUGAGCGGGCAACCAAUCGCAGUAACCAUAUUAUUUUUGCGUGGCGCAGGCGAUGAUCGAAAUUCCAAAUUCAUUCGCGGCGUACAAGUUAAAGGUGUUGGUUGUGAAUAUCAAGCGCAAGGUGCUGAAAGUGGAAAAAAAGGGACUAAUCUUUUUUGGCGCUCUCUAAACCGAAGCAAACCAGCCCCGCGCGAUGGAACCAGUUGAUCAGACGGGAGACACCCCAUCAGCCGGAGCUCAGGUCGCACCGUACGACCUUGUCUGGAGGUGCGAACGUUGUACGGAAAUAUUUAAGGAUUACGAGUCCUUCCUUAAACACUAUGAACGAUACUCGCGCUUUAAAGAUGAAGCGAUGCAGGACGAAAUUGGGAACCGUCUUAUUACGGAGAAGAUGGCAAUGGCAGUCGUAAACGCAAUAUACGCGUGCGAGUUUUGCGACAGUCUUUUUUCGGAUAAACGGGCACAAUUGAAACAUUCCGCGCAGCAUACGUACAGCUACGAUUGCACAUUUUGCGGGAAAACCUUUUUCCGACUGAAUGGAGUGCUGGAGCAUCGGACGAGUUGUACACAGUACAAGAGCUUUUGGGCAAAAUACCAGUACAACGUAGCGGCGAUGUACAGCUGUAAUGUUUGUACGUCGCAGUUUGACACGCUGCCCGAGCUGUACGAACAUCGCCACAGCGAGCUUCAUUAUUUUCUACGUCGGGUACCAGGAGUAGGCGCUAGCCAUUUGGAAGACUUGUGGUAUAUAUGCGAAAUCUGUGGCUACUUUUGCAAACGACUCUUCAUAUUCCAGCGGCAUCUUAAAAAAGAUCAUUCCAACGGUGUGGUCGAUCCCGCCGGUGUAGUACGCAUGCCGACUCUUACCGGGCACUUUUUGUGCGAGAAGUGUGGUAUAUUGUUCCCCCAGGUGGAGGAUCUGUUUGCCCACGAGCAAGCCCACGACACAUUUUAACCGUUCGCAUGCACUGGGCUUGCGAAGAAUUAACCUCAAACAAUUCUUAUUCUGAAUGCGUACAAUGCAUUAACGAUAAACAAUUAUUGUUCUUCAUCUGUUUGUCAAAUUCUUGAUGUAAUCAUUCAUCAUGUUUAUGGAAUUAUUCUAAUAAACCGUUAAAACAAUAAAAUACAUGUAUUUUGGAUUUUAUUUUUCAAUUUAAAUGUAACGAUAAUGAGAAAAGUAGGUGAAAUACCGUGAUGUGUUUUGUUUCAUAUAACGUUACCAUUAAUUUGUGUUUGCCACACAGCAGCUCCAAUGCCCCACAAACCGGAGAAGUUGGCACCGCCAAGGGUUUGUCAAGGUUUGGGUCGCUGUGGU